GCGGGUUCCGCCGCCUCGGGAGCCUUCGGAGCCCUCAGUCCAGCGAGGUGGUGGCGGCGGGGGGCGCGGCGGCGGGUCUCCCGCGCGGCCGCAAUGCUGAGCUCCCGGGCCCAGGCGGCGAUGACCGCGGCCGACAGGGCCAUCCAGCGCUUCCUGCGGACCGGGGCGGCCGUCAGAUAUAAAGUCAUGAAGAACUGGGGUGUUAUAGGGGGACUUGCUGCUGCCCUUGCCGCAGGGAUCUAUGUGAUUUGGGGUCCCAUUACAGAAAGGAAGAAGCGUAGAAAAGGGCUGGUGCCCGGGCUGGUCAACUUAGGGAACACCUGCUUCAUGAACUCCCUGCUGCAAGGCUUGUCUGCCUGCCCCGCUUUCAUCAAAUGGCUGGAAGAGUUUACCACCCAGUACACCAGGGAUCAGAAGGAGCCCCCCCCACACCAGUAUUUAUCCUUAACCUUGUUGCACCUCCUCAAAGCUUUGUCCUGCCAAGAAGUUACUGACGAUGAGGUCUUAGAUGCGAGCUGCUUGUUGGAUGUCUUAAGAAUGUACAGAUGGCAGAUCUCUUCAUUUGAAGAACAGGAUGCCCACGAGUUAUUCCACGUCAUUACCUCGUCCUUGGAAGAUGAGCGGGACCGGCAGCCCCGGGUCACACAUUUGUUUGAUGUGCACUCCCUGGAGCAGCAGCCAGAGAUAACUCCUAAACAAAUAACCUGCCGUACGAGAGGGUCACCUCACCCCACGUCCAAUCACUGGAAAUCCCAGCAUCCCUUCCAUGGAAGACUUACGAGCAACAUGGUCUGCAAACACUGUGAGCACCAGAGUCCCGUUCGAUUCGAUACCUUCGAUAGCCUUUCACUGAGUAUUCCAGCUGCCACAUGGGGGCAUCCACUGACCCUGGACCACUGCCUUCACCACUUUAUCUCAUCAGAAUCAGUGCGGGACGUCGUAUGUGACAACUGUACGCAGGUAUAUGAAGCCAAAGGGACGUUGGAUGGGGAGAGGUGGAACACCAGAGGACCACCCUUUGUCAAGCAGCUGAAACUAGGGAAGCUCCCUCAGUGUCUGUGCAUCCACCUGCAGCGGCUGAGCUGGUCCAGCCACGGCACGCCCCUGAAGCGCCAUGAGCACGUGCAGUUCAAUGAGUUCCUGAUGAUGGACAUCUACAAGUACCACCUCCUGGGGCACAGACCCGGGCAGCACAGCCCUAAACCCGGCGGAGAGCGGGGGCCCUCGCUCGACCUGCAGGACGGGCCGGCCGCCCCCAGAUCAGUUUUGAAUCAGCCAGGGGUCCCGAAAACACAACUUUUUAUGAAUGGCGCCCUGCUCCCAUCUUAUUGCCCUACCUGCCAGCCCCAAUGCCCUUCCCCCUUCCCAGUGUCUCCUGACUACAGUUCCUCCACGUACCUCUUCCGGCUGAUGGCGGUUGUCGUCCACCAUGGAGACAUGCACUCAGGACACUUCGUGACUUACCGACGGUCCCCUCCUUCGGCCAAGAACCCUCUCUCCACCAGCAACCAGUGGCUGUGGAUCUCCGAUGACACCGUCCGCAAAGCGAGCCUGCAGGAGGUGCUGUCCUCCAGCGCUUACCUGCUGUUUUACGAGCGCGUCCUUUCCAAGAUGCAGCACCAGGGCCGGGAGUACAGGUCGGAGGAAUGACCACCCCGGCUCUGGAGCUAGAGCCGUGGCACUGUCCACACGGGCCAGGAACAAGGCAAAAUCAGACUGUGUGUGUGCACGCAAGAGGCCCCACUAGAGUCCUCAGCCUUCUGGUGUGUUCUAAGAGCAGGCUCCACGCAGGAGCCAGUGGCCCCAGUUCAAACCAGAUCAGGCUCCCUGAAUGGUGCGCACCGGAUGGUGUCCUUGUGCUGGGACAGCAUUCAUUCUGUGUAGAACGUCUUUUUACUCACCUGCUAAUUAAAAGAAAUCCAACUCUGGAAGCCACCUUUUUUAUAUUCGGCCACAUUAGGUGUUCUCAGAGGGGAGGUAACUUUGUCUAAUCCUCCGACUGGUUUCAGCCCAGAUCUUUUAUUUUUAAUAAGCAGGCCCAUAAAAAUCGUUCACGAGAAUUGGUGAAAUUGUUAAAGGCAACAAUUUAGAAGAAAAAGUGCCUUUCCCUUUCGAUUGCUUUUGUAGCACGUCCAUUUGGGAAAAUAUACGUUGUCCAAGAGUCCUAUAAACAACUUUUGGAAAGCUCUGUUCCUUCCAAGUUUCUCAACGGAUGGCAACAGGACAGUUACGAGACGCCUCAAGAACACCCACCUCCUCUUUCUGUGGGUCUUUUUUAAUCUUUGGAUUCUUUAUAUGUAGUAAAAGCGCACCUGCCAGAUCUGCCCCCAGGGGAAAUUCUUUCACUGCUCGGUCAGUUGUGAGUGAACUCCCGGGUCGCUCUUAACUCUCUGCUUACCGUGCCCCAGAGACGGGAUGACGGUACGUCCUAAAACUGCGCGAAUGGCCGGGACGGGGCUGCCUCCGUGCUGGCAUCUGCGCCUCCUCUGCUCUGGACAAAGCUCCACUCUGGACGGUGGUUCCUAACUCCGUGGCCCAUGCAGAGCUCCUGAGGUUUACAGGUGGAGCUGGGGGCUGUGUAAAAGGACAGUCCUAGCCUUGGUUUGAGAGCUGGGUUCAGAAGGAAGGGCACUGACCGUGGGGCCGCAGUCUUUCUUUCUGAGCCUCCGUUUCCUCAUUUGUAAAGUGAACAGUUAAGACUCAGUGAGCAUCAAAACCCCAGCCCUUCCCACAAAAAAAAGAGAAAGUUUUCAAUUUUUAAAAAACGUAUCAUUACAUUUGAUCAUCUAGUAUUGUCAUUUCAUUACAGGUCCGUACUCUAAAUUUAUUGGUUUCUAGUAGCCUGAUACAAAGACUGUAUUGAGCACUCUCUUCCCUCUUUGGAUAAGUCUCAUGAAUGCCUCUCAGGACCACAGGAAGUUUGAGGACACACAGUAGUAUCUAUGUUUUAGCUAGUUUUAUUUAAACAAACAAAAAAAAAGAUACCAAACUCAAAUGGACUCCUCAGAGUUAAGAUUUGGAAUCAGAGCUGUCUAAAAGGUCCCCCGAGGUAAGGCUGAGGACCAUGUUCCUUCUGGUGGGGGCAGGCUGGCAGACACUUCUAGACGAUGCCUGGGUGUUGGCUAAAAGCAGAAGUGGCCCAGGUGAUCACCAUCCCGCCUGGCCCGGCACUCACCCCCGAGGACUCCAGACUCACUACCGAUUGAAAAUACUGUGAAGGUUCUCCAGGCCCCGGGCAUCAGGGAGAGAGGAACAGUUCGAAGCAUCUGAGGCCUUCACUGCUGACGCCCCUUCCUGAUUCCGUGGCAGGCCCUGGCUUUGACGCUGAACCCAGUCCACCUAUUUUGCCUGGGUCUGGUGGAACAAACCCCCAGUUAUGUGACCUUACGCGGCGUUGCAAAGUCGCGGCUUUCGGUCA